UUUGAGUCUUUCAAUAAUGAAAGCUAUAAUUUUUAUCUUAUAUACAGAUUCAAUUCACAAGUAUACUCUUGCUGAUGAAAUGGGAAAAUGUCUUAACCUAUUAAAUGAGCAAAUUCAAUUUUGCGAACUACUUGAUACGCAUGAAUCGGGACAAAUUGUUGACAAACUCUAUUAUUCUUUGGGAAUACAACAAGUACCUUCAAUUCAAGAGGUUCUUCUUGAUUCGGCUUUCGCACUUAUGCUGAACGGAACUUUUCCUACAUGGGUAUCAGAGCUACUCGAGAAAACUAAAGAUAAAACUGAUUUCAGAAUUACUAGUAUGAUGUGUAAAGGUUUAAUUGACAAUAUGUCUAGUAGUUGUAUGUCAAGCUAUAUGAAGACAGAUUAAACUUGGGUGAUGACAGGAGAAAUAAAGAACAGAUGUUAGAAUCUUAUUUUC